CAUCAUCAUCUUCAUCUUCAUCUUCAUCUUCGUCAUCAUCAUUCAACAGCGAUUUUCAUGGCCGUAGAUUUCUUGUUCAAGAGCUUGAGGGCAUCCCUAAGAAAGGGAAUAUCAAAUCUUGUUCCUUUUCUCUUAAUGCACAGAUGAAGACAGGAAUUAUUGGGAAAACUCAAAAAUGGUGGGAGAAAGGGCUUCAACCCAACAUGAAAGAGGUAAAAGGUGCCCAAGACCUUGUGGAGUCGCUCUUCAACGCUGGGGACAAACUGGUCGUUGUUGAUUUCUUUUCCCCUGGCUGCGGUGGCUGCAGAGCCCUUCAUCCCAAGAUAUGUCAAUUGGCAGAGCUGAACCCAGAGGUGCAGUUUCUGCAGGUGAACUAUGAGGAACACAAAUCCAUGUGCUACUCCCUUAAUGUCCAUGUUCUUCCCUUCUUCCGUUUCUACAGAGGUGCUCACGGUCGUCUCUGCAGCUUUAGCUGCACCAAUGCCACAAUCAAGAAGUUCAAAGAUGCAUUGGCAAAGCACAGCCAGAAUUAUUGCAGCCUGGGACCACCAAAAGGGCUAGAGAAGAAAGAGCUGAUUGCUCUUGCUGCCAACAAAGAUAUCUCCUUCAACUACACACCAAAGCCAGAGCAACCAACACUUGUUCCUCCUACACUGGAAGAGAUUCUAGCAGAAACAGCACCAACCCCGCCUUCUCAUUCAGAGGCAGAACCUUCAGUAUCUCCACCUCUUCCUCUUCCUCUUCCUCUUCCUCUUCCAUUGGCAACUGGUUCAAAUGCAGCUAAAGGCACUGAGGAUAAAACCUUGGUCGCAUCAGGAAGGUGAUUGAGAAGGAUGAGGACUUUUUUCAGCGGAGCUAGGCAUUGUCUUGCCAUUUCCUCUUGUACAGAUUAGAUUUGCUUCGCUUUGUGAUGGUGUAUAAUAUGUUUAAGAAGAUAGCAAACAAAUUACUAAUUAAGGAUAUAUGUGAAAUGCAUGUGUGUUGGCCCUCCCCCAUUUAAGUUGAGUGGCUUUUGGAUUUAUUUUUAUUGGAUCCAAGCCUGCCAAGUACUGGGAGUGGGGAGGAUACUUGUGAAAGAGCUAAUGGCUUGUAUUGUUUCCUUGGCUGCAUCUUUUUUUUUUUUUUUUUUUUCAUUUUUAUGAAAUGUAUAUAUAUGUAUAGAGAGAGAGUGAGUUUGUAUGAAAGGUUUAUAUAGCCUUUGGGGGUAGAAUGCUUGCUUGUUCUUGAGUCUGAUGGUUGAGGCUUGUGUAAAAUAUAUCUCACACAUACAGCUGUUGCAAAUUUUAGUCCA